AUGCGGACCCAACGAGUUUCUUCAUCAGCCCUGCGGCACUCUCGCGUAUGUAGCGCCAGAGGUUUUGUCUUUAGAGGGCUACAACCAACAAGCAGAUUUGUGGUCGAUCCCUCGGUGCAGCCAAUAGACCCGCAUGCACUUGCUGCAGCAGAUGGGGCUUCUACCUUCACUAUACCAAACGCCCACAACAGGCUGGCGCAGCAGCGGGCGCAGCAGCAGCAAGCUAAGACUGCUGCUGCUGCUGCUGCUCCUGCUGCUGCUGCUGCUGCUGCGGCAGCUGCGGCAGCGGCUCCUGCUGCUGCUGCUGCAGGACCUGCUGCUGGUAGAGCAGCAGCAGACACCCAUGAAAAAGAUUCGAGCGGUGCUGCUGCAGCAGAAACAACGAAGCUUGCUGCUGCUGUUGCAGCAACAGCAGCAACAGCAGCAACACAUGGAGCUCUUGCUGCAACCGCUGCUGGCAGCACACUCACCCAUGCAGCAGCAGCAGCAACAGCAGCAACUGCUGCUGCUGCUGCUGCAGCAGAUGCUGCAAAGGCUGCGGGACCAGCAGCACAAGCAGCAGCAGCAGAGGAGAGCAGCAAAACCAAACAACCCCAGUCAACGCAGCAGCAAGCAGCAGCAGCAGCAGCAGCAAGUGCAACAGGAGAGCAGCACGAAGCAACUCCUGUUGAAAGGCAUCCUCCAGCUGCUGCUGCUCCUGCUGCUGGCGUUGCUGCAGAGACUGCAGCAACAGCAAAGGAGACAGCAAAAGCAGCAGCAGCAGCAGCACACUCAGCUGCAGCUGUGGCUCAGGCUGCUGCUGCUGCUGCUGCACUGCAUGCAGCAGCAACAGACGAAGCUUUUGCUGCAGUGCAGCGGGGGCCUAGCGGCGACAGUGUAGGACGAAGGCCUCAGCAGCCCGAGCAGCAGCAGCAGCAGCAGCAGCAACAGCAGCAGCAGCAGCAGCAGCAGCAGGUUCUAGGCGGUCGAGGCGCAGCAGCAGCUUCUCUAACAACCCCAGCAGCAGCUGGGGCUUCUACACCUAUGGGUACUGCAGCAGCAGCUGCAGCAGCAGCAGCAUCUGCUGCUGCAGCUGCCGCUGCUGCUGCUGCUGCUGCAACAACGGCAGCACUACCAACAGCAACAGCAGCAGCACUAGCACCUGCAGCAGCAACAACAGCAGCAACAGCAGCACCAACAACCACGCAACCUGCUGCUCCUGCUGCUGCUGCUGCUGCUGCUGCGCCAGACCCUCAAACCACCAAGAAGGCAGACACCUGA